UCUUCCGGGUUGGUGUUGUGGCUGCCCGGAGUUGGAGGAGUUGCCCUGAGUAUGAAGAGGGUCACCCUCUUUGCUAAGGGGAGCGCCAGGCAGGGCAAGGUGGUCCCGGUCUAUGGCUCGCUCUCAGAUCUCCUGUCUCUUGCCAGCACUAAGCUGGGGAUCUGCGCAACAACUUUCUAUAAUGAGAGAGGAGGACAAAUCGACGACGUCUCCCUUAUCAGGGAUGACGAUGUCCUGUACGCGUGUGAGGAAGAGCCGUCUGCAGACCCCAUGAAUGGCUCCACGAUUACAGAGCAGCUUACGGGAAGUCACACAGACUGGCUGACGCUCAACGUCGGGGGGCGAUAUUUCACUACAGCGCGGAGCACGCUCGUCAGUAAGGAGCCGGACAGCAUGCUGGCGCACAUGUUCAGUGACAGAGAUGCCUGGGGGAAUAAGAGGGAUGACAAGGGGGCUUUCUUGAUUGAUCGCAGUCCUGAAUAUUUUGAGCCUAUACUCAAUUACCUGCGUCACGGCCAACUGAUAGUUAAUGAUGGAGUGAAUCUGCUGGGGGUUUUGGAGGAAGCCAAGUUUUUCAACAUCGUUUCUUUAAUCGAGCACCUGGAGCUGGCCAUAAAGAAUUCGCAGCCGGCCGACGAUCAUUCUCCCAUCUCCCGCAAGGAGUUCGUGAGGUUCCUUUUGGCCACCCCAACCAAGUCAGAACUGCGAUGCCAGGGACUGAAUUUCAGCGGUGCCGAUCUCUCCCGCCUGGACCUGCGAUAUAUAAACUUUAAGAUGGCAAACCUGAGUCGUUGCAACUUGGCCCACGCUAACCUGUGCGGAGCCUGCCUGGAGCGGGCGGACCUGUCUGGAUCUGUGCUGGAUGGAGCCAACCUUCAGGGUGUGAAGAUGCUCUGCUCUAACGCUGAAGGAGCUUCCUUGAAAGGCUGUAACUUCGAAGACCCGUCGGGCCUGAAGGCAAAUUUAGAAGGUGCCAACUUGAAGGGUGUAGACAUGGAAGGAAGUCAGAUGACCGGCAUAAACCUCCGGGUUGCGACCCUGAAGAAUGCCAAGCUGAAAAACUGCAAUUUGCGCGGAGCUACUUUGGCAGGAACCGAUCUGGAGAACUGUGACCUUUCCGGGUGUGAUCUGCAGGAAGCCAACCUCCGCGGUUCCAAUGUUAAAGGAGCCAUCUUUGAAGAGAUGCUGACGCCGCUGCACAUGUCUCAGAGCGUCCGAUAG